AUGUGCACCACAGCGCCCAACCCCGCACUCCUCUGGCUGCACGCGGGGAGCAGGCUUGCGGCCCGGAGCAGGGAGCUCAGCUCGGAGGCCACUGCACGGUCCGGACUGAUUUUGGAGACAGUCACCGCCUCAGGCCGUGGGAUUGAGAAAAGUGAAGCAGUGGCCGAGGCGCCAGGACGAGGAUUUGGCCGAUUGUGCGGGCCUGAGGAGGCGAGGAGGCGGCGCUGCCUACCCGCCUUCCCGCCUACCAGCUCACCAGCAUUUGCGCCUGCCCAGGCGAAGCGCGCUCGGAGCGCACGAGCUCAGUGCGCAUGCGCGCAGGCCGUUCAAAGCGCCUGGCGCCCGCUCCCUCCUGCUGCUGCUGCUGCUGCAGACCUGGGCUCCUGCCUUCGCGCGACGCCAGGCUGCAGAAUGCUGGGUCCCGCUGCCUCCCUCAGCCCAGAGUCUCCGGGUGCCCCAGCUCCCGACGGCAUCGCGGCGGGCACGAGUGUCCCCCCUGGACGCCAGGAGCGCCCCCCGGGGCCGCGCGCGCCGCCCGGGCUGGAGGAGGCGCUGAGCGCGCUGGGGCUGGAGGGAGAACGCGAAUACGCCGGGGACAUCUUUGCGGAGGUCAUGGCGUGCCGCGCGCUGCCCGGGAGCGCCCCGUCCCGCACCGUGACUCCGGAGAUGCGCGCCCUAGUGGUGGACUGGCUGGUCCAGGUGCACGAGUACCUGGGCCUGGCGGGGGACACGCUUUACCUGGCCGUGCACCUGCUCGAUUCCUACCUGCGCGAGGGCCGAGUGCGCCUACGCCGCCUGCAGCUGCUGGGCGUGGCCUGUCUGUUCCUGGCCUGCAAAAUGGAAGAGUGCGUGCUUCCCGAGCCUGCCUGCCUCUGCCUCCUAAGCGCCGGCUCUUUCUCGAGAGCAGAGCUGCUCCGCGCAGAGCGCCGCAUCCUGAGCCGUCUGGAUUUCCGGCUGCACCACCCUGGCCCGUUGCUCUGCCUGGGCCUGCAAGCGGCACUGGCUGGGAGCCGCCCCCAGGUGAUGCUACUGGCCACCUACUUCUUGGAGCUCUCCUUACUGGAGGCGGAGGCCGCGGGCUGGGCGCCUGGUCGUCGAGCAGCUGCGGCGCUGAGCCUGGCGCACCGUGUGCUCGACGGGGCGGGCUCCUGGCCGGAGCCGGCGCUUUACAGUCCCUCGGAGCUGGGCGACCUGGAGCCGUGCAUGGUCCGUGCUGCGCUCCGAGGCCCCGCGCCGGGCAGCGCCGCGGUCUUCUUCAAGUACGCGCGGCCCCAACGCCAGAGCAUCAGCCUCGCUGCCGCCCGCCUGCUCCGCCACCCCCAGCCUGCGCCUCCCUGAGACCCCAAGGCCGCUCAGAAAACAGAAGUUCUCACUGUGUGUGUUCGUUUCCUACGCUAAUAAAAUGUUUCUUUUAUUCUGA